AUGAUACACCAGUCAGAGUACCCCGAGAUCUCCUUCUCGCCAAAACAGACAUUGUGGUCAUGGGUCCUAGAGUCCAAGCCACUCUCGUCUGAACCCAAUGCUCCAGGCUUCACCGAUGCUAUCACCAAAAAACAUCUCACUUACCGAAAUGUCAAAGAUCACGCAACAUCGUUAUCGUCAGUUCUCGUGACAGAGUAUGGGCUGAAACAGAAUGACACCAUUAUCGUCUAUGGCAAGAACUCCAUCUGGUAUCCUGUGGCUACUCUCGCCACGAUCCGCGUCGGUGCUGUAGCUUGCGGAGUAUCACCGGAAUACACCGUUGAUGAGCUUACUUACAGCCUCAAGACCAGCAAAGCAAGAACAAUCUUUGCAACGGUUGAUAACAUCGAUAAAGCUCACACCGCCGCUGCCAAAGUUGGAAUUCCUCGAGAAAAUGUCCUCCUGCUGGAAGGUUCAAUCAAGGACAGCACCAACAUACAGAUGCUCCUUGAUCACCCGGCGGGUGGUCGUGAAGUACCCGCGUUUGAGAUACCUGAAGGCAAAACAAAUCGUGAUGUUUGCACAUUUCUUUGCUUCAGCAGUGGCACUACUGGCCUCCCAAAAGCGGUCAUGAUAUCACAUGCCAACAUUAUCGCCCAAUGCAUCCAAGUGACAAACUUCACGCUACCUAGCCAUGACCGAUUUCUCGCAGCUUUGCCCUUCUAUCACAUCACUGGCAUAGUACAUCAAUUGCACCUGCCAAUCCACCUCAACGCCAAUGUCUUUGUGCUGUCCAAGUUCACGCUGGACUCACUAUUGCAGACGAUAUCUGAGAACAAGAUCAAAGAAGUUCUCAUGGUCCCUCCCAUCCUUAUCCGCCUUGUUCGCGAGCCAAAGACAGCGGCAAAGUACGAUCUAUCCCACAUUGAACGCUUCUCGUCCGGAGCUGCGCCGCUGUCUAAAGAGGUUUUGCAUCUCCUUGAGAAAGCCUUCCCAGGGACUGGCUUCAAGCAAGGCUACGGAAUGACCGAGUCGUGUUCAGUCAUUGUCGCUCAUCCACCUACCAAGUAUGCAUACAAGUAUGCCAGCCGCGUCGGCAUGCUGGUAGGAUCAACGGAACUGCGAAUUGUGGAUGUUGAGACUGGUAAGGACUGUGAGGUCCAUCAGCCGGGUGAGGUCUGGGCUCGUGGGCCACAAGUCGCGAUGGGUUACCUCGAUAACCCCAAAGCGACUGCAGAGACCUUUGACAAAGACGGGUUCUUGCAUACCGGUGACAUAGGGCACAUCGACGAGGAAGGGUUCUUGUCUAUUACCGACAGGUUGAAGGAGCUGAUUAAGGUCAAGGGAAUUGGUGUUGCUCCUGCAGAACUUGAAAAUGUUCUGCUCGGACAUCCUCACGUUGACGAUGUCGCUGUGUGCGGAAUUCCCGAUGAGCUUGCUGGUGAGCGGCCCAAGGCGUUUGUGGUCCUCGUGGAGUCGCAGUCGUCGAGGCCAGUUGAUGCUGCAAAGGAGAUAUUCCAGCAUGUGAAGAAGGAAACGGCACGACACAAGUGGCUUGAGGAGAUUGAGAUUGUGGCUGCGAUACCGAAGAGUGCAGCGGGUAAGAUUCUCAGGCGAAAAUUACAAGGUGGAACUGCCGGCACCAAGCGAAAUACCAUUGUCAAGGAUACUAGGCUUACUGCCAAGCUCUGA